AUGAGAGCCUCGCGGAAAGGUGGAGGCGGCGCGAGUAGCGGCAGGGACUUCUCACCACCUCCGCACGUUUCCUCGUCGAGGAGCAGGGACCUCACCCGUAGAUCCGAAUGGGGGAAUUACACCAUCUGCUCGCGCUACAGCCCCACUCCCGGCACCGUAGCGAUGGGCCACGACGGCCGCCGGAACCCUAGGCGAUCGUCGUCCGUCGGCCGCGGCCGACGCAGUGCCUCCAUUGAAAGGGGAGGCUAUGAUGCGUUUGACGUUGCUGCUGCUGCUGCUGCUGCUGCGUCCAGGAGACACCAGCAGCGGCAAGAUCGAUCUCCUCCGCCUCUUCCGCUCCAGCCCUGGGGCGGCCGUGGAGCCCUGGUCUUGGACGGAGACGACGGCUUCUACAGAGAGUAUCCGGGGCCAGAGUCCCCGUCAGAUCUGCACCUUGCGGCGAAUUCCAAGCUGGGGAGAGUCGUUAAAGUCAGAGAGUUCCGCCAACACCCGCACUCGGGCAACGGCGGCCCUCGCACCAAACUGUCAUGUUCCUCUGGAACUGCGAUCGAGGAUCAUGGCGUAAUGGUGCAGAAGUCCGUGUACUUGGAGGAUGAUGGCUCUGUCAGGGAGCUCUUCCCCUUGCCCCCAGAACAGGCAGUCUACCAAAAAGAAGCCUCUGCUUUGGAUUCCGGCAGCCUCGGCAGAACCUCCGGUGGCAGCGCUCUGAGAAUCGGGAUGCGCGGGGCGGAGGAGGAACCGAGGUACCGUGAGUACUAUUCCAAGGGACCAGCGUACGAGGAAGAACAUGGACUAAGGAUCUACUCCGGAAGGGAUUAUUCUCCAUAUCGGGCGCCUUUCCCCUCGCAGCGGAGGCCACCUGCCGCCGCAUCCUCCUCCGGCGCGCCAAGAGACGAGUUUCUGGUUUCGUAUCGGGAUGAACUCCGCCGGCCAUCUGAUGAUGGUCUCGGGCGGGGUGGUGGUUUCGGAAGCUUCAGAGACGAGAUUCUGGGCCACGACGGGUACAGUCGGACGCAUCCUCUGGACACGAAGACGCGGCGCAUCAGUCCUCCUCCCAUCAGGGACGAGCCUAGAGGCCGCAGUUUCUCUGAAUACGAGCGGAGAGGAAGGGAUGAUGACGAUGAUGGUGAGUGGUACUCUGGGUCAGGUCGAUCGUGCAAGAAGGUGAGGUGGGGAUCUCGGGGGGAAUUCGAGGUUUUAGGGUCCGGCGACAUGUAUCCCCCUCCUCCUGGGAGGAGGGUCGACGACAUCGAGGUUUCGCCGAAGAUGGUGAGGGAUUCCAGAAUUUGGGAUCAGCGACGUUACCUGGAAGAGGGCACUAUCUCUGACUACCAGGAAAUGGAAGGGGUCCGCGGAGAAUAUCUUGGAGGUUCCGGUAGCGUCUCCUUCGCCUACAAAACGAAGGCCUCCCAUGGCGGCGAGGUUUUGCAGCUUGGUUCAAGAACCUCCCGGUACGGGAGAGACGAUCGGGUAAGUUACAGGGAGCCAGCAAGAAGCCCUCCUCCAUCGUUGUCUGAGCGCUACACGGGCGGCGCCCUCAGAAGGACUUUGAGCCCUCCUCGAGAGGGAAUGGACAUGGAAGAGCUCGAUAAUGGCGAAGCUCCGCUCGAGAGGGUUCUUCCAGGGAGAGAUUAUAUGACGGAGGAGGAAAUAAACAUUUUGCGGGAGACUAGGAAUGCCCGAGCUAUAGAACUGAAUGAGGAAGAGGAACGAUGGGCCGAUGAAGAAAGGAUGGAGACGCCGUCUCCCAGAAGACCGCACUUUGACCGCAGCAGACUCAGGACGUUGCCGCGCAGGGUGUCAGACUCCGGCGAUUGGCUGCCGUCUGAUGGUUCCUUCGUGCAGUCGGGAGGCGGUGGCCAGGGGAGUGAUCUGAAGAGGCGACUGAGGCCUGGCUUCCACAGCUCGUUUUCAUCUGACAGGAGACGGGAUUUUGACAGAUCGCAGAGAUCAAGGAAAAAGGGUCUGGAAGAUCAGCGGACUUUGAGCGACUUUGAUGGGAAUGCUCUGGAAAAUGAGAGGCAUCGCGCAAAGAAUGAUCCUCCAGAGGAUACUGAAGAGUUUAGGCAGCAGCUUCACAAGGCCUUCCUUCGUUUUUCGAAGCUGCUGAAUGAGGAUCCAAUUCAACAAGAGAAGUAUCGAGAUGGAGGAAAAGCCCGAGGCUUGCUUUGCUGUGUAUGCGGCAGGUCUGUUUCCUUAUUUUUCGAACGUGUUUCUUGCUGUGGCGAGGUUGUUUCAGGUAUCUUUUGAUCGAGAAGGGCACUCGUAGGCGGUACCAUCGGUUCUCUCCUGAUCCUAGAAUACCCUUAGAGUAUGCAUCACAAAGCAUGCUGAUGCGCUGCUGUCUUGACUGGGAGUUUACAUUUUCUGGGUAAAUUUUAGGAACUGUCUAAUCAUCUCUGGCUGUUAUGACACUCUGCGCCACUCUUGAUAGCUCAGAAGAUGGAGGAUGAUACUCCAAUGCCACCACAUGCCCUAGGAUGAGAUUGGCCUGAUAAAAAGAAAAAAAAAGUGGCCAGGUACGUGUGCGGAUCUGAUUAGCUUGUGGGUAGACUGUAGAAAGAUUAAUUUCACCAGAUAAACAAACAUGCAAGGUAAAGUGCAUGGAAACUUUUAACAAGGUCAGUGCUUGAGAUCUUGGCCUGCAGAAAAUUGUUGUCUUGUUCUGUUUGAUGGCUCCGAAUAACAAGGACAUAUCAUUCAUUUUUUACUUUUGGCAUUCAUUAUCAUAGAGUUGUUUAUUAGACGAUUUUUUUUUCAUCUAUAGGGCUGAGAAGUUUGUUCCAUCAUCAAGUGUGUUUCUUGCUGCAAUUAGUUCGUUUGAUUUACAUUGACAUAAUGUCGGAGCCAGUUGUGUAAACGAGAAUCCCAACGGGCUUUGAUUGGACUGCCGAGCAUCUAGUGGUUUUCAAGGGGAUCAUCAUACCAUUACUUGCAGGAUAAUACACCUAGUAAUAGCCGGUUCAGGCUGGAAAAGCCGGGUUGAAUACGCAUGCCAAUUAUGCUUUAUCAAACGAGCUCUUCAGUUGUCACGAUACUGCCUAAUUUAUGUUUCUCCAUCGACGAUGCGAUCCUUUCUUCUUCUCCGUUCCUCCUUGCCCUUGUUUUAAUUAAUGGCAUUUUUUUUCUUCUAGGUGGAAUUUCUUCGAGUCCCUCGAAUCAAUUCAUUACUGGCAAAUCAUCGCGUUGCAAUCCUUGGUCACCUCUCUUCUUCUUGUUUUUUGUCUGCCAGAUCCUCCUUUUUUUUUAUUCUCUCUCUCUCGCUCUCUCUCUCUCUCUCUUCCUCUCUCUCUUCCUCUCCCUUCUUCCAACCUUUUUUGCAGCACUUCCAGUCCCCAAUUAAGUCAUGUUUUAGAACCUCGCUAUUUAGCAUAUUUAAAUCUCCAUCCCAUAAGGACGACAUUUCCGUCAGAGGUCACAUCGAUGUGUCUGCUGCAUGUCCUCUCUUACAUAUAUGAAUUUUACAGGACAUCUUUUACAUAGGCAAGGCGUAAUUUUUUAGGAUGGUGUUUGGAAACAAAAGGGCCUUUUUUAACCCCUUCUAAAACAACAACAUGUCAGAUCUGAUCUUGAUCUUGGUGGGCACAAGUGUUUAUCCAUUCCACUCACCAUACAAAAAUCCGCAUGAUUUUUAUUUUUUUAUUUUUUUUUGGGGGGGGCAAGAUUCCACAUGCAACUGUCUUGUUUAAAUUGUUCCUUGUUUUAUCCUUUGUGGGGUUCAGCAUGAUGUUGAAUGGAUCAGCCAGACCAAACCUUGGCCAGUGCACCCCCCGAGCGCAUCAGCUUAAUUCUGUGACUAUUAUCGCACGGCUGAUUUGUUUCUCCCCAUUUGUUGGCAGCCAAUCGAAGGAGUUUGUGGACACGCACAGUUUAGUCACGCACGCUUUCCAUUCCCUCAAGAUUGGUCUGAGAACAGAGCACCUGGGCCUUCACAAAGCCUUGUGCGUCCUGAUGUGUUGGAACUGGCUUGUGUCUCCGGAUAACUCGAGGGCCUACCAGAUGAGACCUGGUCCCGAGCACGAAGCCCUCAAGGAGGACCUUAUCAUCUGGCCUCCUGUUGUCAUUGUCCGCAAUUUUUCGGUCAUCAACACUGCCACCACCACCACCACCACCACCACCACCACCACCGAGGGACCAACUGUCGUGAAGGAGGACCUGGAGAAGAUACUGAAAGGUUUGUGACUUGCAACCACUCGGCCUUGUACUCUGUUAUGUUAUGCUUCUUGUAUCAGCGUCCGGAAUUCACCUAAUGGUAAUUCUUAGAUUAUAUUCUGCUUCGCCAUCUUUGUUAUUAUCAUCUUCCUGGCCUUCUUAUUGUGUGUAUUUUUUUUGAAAAAAUUAUAAGAAGACUCUGGGCUUUUAUUGUAUUAAGUUGUGGGAAAAGGCGUUGGCGAGGUAAGAAGAGAGCAGGUUAUAAACAAAUACAGCGCCUAAUUAGUAGUUCUUCGAUAGCUCUUGAGUCCAUCGUCCGAAUAUCUGCCAUGUUUUCUGGUCAUUCCCUUCAUGGGCGUAUAUUUACCCAUCCUUGGGUCUUGUCGUUUGUCUGUGUCUUCAGAGAUGAAGAUUGAAGUGGGAAAGGUCAAGGUUUGCGGAGGAAAGCCGUCGGACCAGAGGACUCUGCUAGUAAAGUUCAUGGCCACGUUUUCCGGACUUCAGGAGGCCGACAGGCUCCACAGGCUGUUCACGGAGAGGAAGCACGGCCGGAAGGAGCUGGACGACGCCGCCUCCAUGCAGAGCUCCGGCGACGGAGCAGAGCCUCAGGUGGAGGGGGGGCAGCGUCUUUAUGGGCACAUAGGUACCGUGGAGGAUCUCGACAGGCUCGACCCCGAGACCAAGCGGAGGUGCAUUCUCAAAAGCAGGAGGGAAAUCGAAGACAUCGCCGACGCCCCGGUGAAGGUCGAGUGA